UUCAACAACAGCUUCCUAUUUUACCGACACUAAAGAUGAAUUCACAAGGAAGUACAACAUAUAAUGUAAAGAGACCUUAAAAUUCCAUAGCCGUCCCAGAAAAUAAAAAAAUAUCUAAUUGUUUAAGUUUCCCAGGUAAAAUUUAAACAUGUCACGUAAAAACGUUCGUCGCCAUCACGGUGGUUCAAAGGCAAAAUUGGAAGAGUCUUCGAACCAGCGGCAGGUAAAAGCAAAGGCAUCGACUGUGCCCGUUCAUUUUAAGAACACGGUGGAGACGGCCCGUCCUUUGAGAGGAAUGACUGUCCCAAAAGCAAACGCUUAUCUUAAAGACGUGCUUGAUCACAAAGAAUGCGUUGCCUUCCACAAAUUUAACGGCGGUAUCGGAAAAUGCGCGCAGGCUAAACAAUUCAAAUGCGUGGUCGGUCGUUGGCCGGAUAAAUCGGUGAAAGUGUUGCAGGAUUUGCUGCGAAAUGCUAUUAGCAACUGCGAGUACUUCGGCAAGGAUCCGCAGGACUUCAUCAUAAAGUCGAUUCAGGUCAAUCAAGCUCCGAUCAGGCACAGAAGGACCUUCAGAGCUCAUGGCAGGAUCACAUCAUAUUUACGCCAUAUGAGCCACAUUCAAAUGACUCUUGCAGAAAAGGAAGAGUAAUAAUUUAGUUCAUUUUGCUUGUAGUAGUUUUUUAAUUUUCGUUUAAUAAAGAUUUCUUUUUCUUUA